GCUGCUGCUACCCCGUCUGACAUGGAUGGUUGAGAACAUCACCGUACCAAGACGCGGCCAGACAGCUGGCGUUAGCAUGUCUGCCCCGCAGUACUAGGGACGUCGUUGUCCCGCGAGUUUGUGGCAAUAGCAACAAAAAAGGCCCCGUGCUCUCACACAUAUGGACUUGCUGCGCGCGCGGUAGGACCUCGCGCAGCCAACACACGUAAGCGCGCGAGUUUUCCGCAAGCACGGAGCAUCGAAAUAUCGGCGAAAGAAAACGCGCGUGCCAGUAAACGGCAGUUUGUUGUGUCAGUGCCACAGCAACGGCCGGGGAUUUUCACGUUAGUAGUGGAACGCCGCAUAGUGGCAAAGUGCAACAAGUGGCAACGAAAAGUUUCGUGCAAACGGUUGGAGGAAGAGUGGUGGAAACAUCGUAUCGAUUAAACAAUCUUCCUCCUAGCAAGUAAUUCUGCAAACCCCGGGAGUUCUCCAGUCUGUUGCUCCUGGAUGCGCCGGAUUGUUUAGUGCGUCGGAACGCUUGAAACGGACAACAGGGAGAGAGGACCUUCAUCCUUUUAAAAAAAGCAAGUGAAUCUUCAGACAUUAUUCGUUCUUCUUAUCGUGCGCUAAAAACACGGAACACAGACCGGACGGGCGGACCCACCAUGAAGUAUCCCAACACGCUUGACCUCAACACGUACCGGGCGUACAUGUGUGCGCGGCACCUGAAUCGCGACAAAACCCGCCAGCUCGAUGCCAUCAACCUCGACUGGGACCUGAACGUGCCGGAACCGCUGAAGGUGCUCUGCCUCAAAGCGAUUGCCGACAACUGGAUGACGGUGCCGUACUUCCGGGAGCUACCGCUCUGCGAGGAUCGCCAGUAUCUGCUCGAUCUGCUCGAUCUGAACUUUCCGCUCGAAACGCUGUGCGCGCGGGUCCGCAGCGAUGCCUUCUGGAAGCGAGCCUUUCACCACCGGUGGCGCACGUUCGUACCGAUAGAGGUCGGCACGAAGCCGUGGAUACGGAUCUACCUCGAGCAGCAUCUGGCCGAGCUGGUGGAGCACCUGAAGCCGAACGAGUACGACCAGGAGAGCGUGAAACGGAUCGUCGAUCUGUGUUCGCCGUUCGUGCGCGAGCUGCGGCUCGAGCGGCUGCAACCGUCGCUGUCCGACAACAGUGACCACGUGCCGCUCGAUGCCGUGCUGGCGAACUUGCGGCGACUGCAGCGCAUCAGCGUAACGUACGACGUGAAGGAUGUGGGGCACAAUUUCUUCCUCGGCUGCGCCACGAUCACCGAGAUGGACGUGAAGCUGAUGACGCAGGGCUUGGAACGGUGCGGCGAGCUGACGGAGUUUCGCCUGCACAGCAGCAAGCUCGAGCCGACGAUGAUGAAGCGCAUCAGUGCGGCCCUCGGGAAGGGCUGUCCGCAGCUGCGUACGAUCGCGUUUCCGCACUGCCGCUGCGGGGACAUCGGGCUGCGCGCGUUCUGUGAUUCGAUCAAGCCGCACUCGUUCCCGAACAUACGGGAAGUCGUAUUGACCAACAAUUUCUUAUCUCCAGAAAGCGUUCAGGAGCUAACCUGGCGCCUUCGGCAUCGUCGCAUCGAAAAGCUUGACCUGAGACUCAAUCCAAUCCUUACCGAGGGUGCUAUGUUCAUCAUAACGAGUGUGUUCUACAUGCCACUGCAGGAACUCAACCUCAGCUGCUGUUCGAUUGAUGAACAGAUCGAGGAGUAUCUGUUGAUGCUGAUCCGCUUCAACGACACGAUCAAGCGGCUCGACAUCUCCUCUAACCGUCUGUCGCCGGCCAUGGGGGAACGGUUGCUGCAGCGCGUUUACGAAAAUAAAACACUCCAGCAGCUCGAUUUGCGCAACACGGACAUCUCGUACGAUGUGCGGGCGAUCAUCGAUGAGGUAAUACUGGAAAAUCGCGACCCGCACAGUUUGCACACGUGGUAGCUGGGUGCGAUGGUCUGUUGGAGUGUGGAUUUGAUAGAUGAGCGCGUUAGGUGUUGUGAUUGGAUGUUUUUUGCGGAAUUUAUACAGGAACUAAUUAUCAGCAAGGAUGAUAAGAUGUAACUGCAACCAUCGUAUUCUAGUUUUGCGCCUUACUAAAACACACAUGCUAUGUGCUGACCAGAAUAAGAUUAUUGUACAUUUAAUAUAUGUUUGUAAAAUAGUGUCGAAACCAAUAAAGUUUUAACUCAAUUCA